CACCCAUUUUGACUGCAUCAGAAUGAGUACCUUCUUGUGAACAACAGCCAUCGCACGGGUCCUAGCAUCAUUCAUCUGCAGAGAUGAGUAAUGAAAGAGUCACCUAUGCAGAACUGAAUGUGGUGAAGGACUCAAGGAAACAGCAAAGGAAACCAAGAGUCACCGGCAGCUCCAUCUCAGUAACUGAGCAGGAAAUCACCUAUGCGGAAUUCAGCUUUCAAAAUGCUUGUCAAGAGCAUCCCACAGUCUGCAGGGACUGCUGCUUCAAAGGUUUUCCAUUUCCUCCAGAAAAACUCAUCACUGGGAUUCUGGGCAUUAUCGGCUUGGCCUUACUGGUCGCUGUGGUUGUAAUUAGAACAGUUGCCACACCAUAUCCUGAAGCAAACUCGCAGAACAGCUCCUCCCGUCACCAGAAAGCACUCACUUGUGACAAUUGUCCAAAGGAGUGGAUAUCCUAUUCCCACAAUUGUUAUUACAUUGGUGUGGAGAAAAAAACUUGGAAUGACAGUUUGGAGUCCUGCAUUUCCAAAGACUCUACUCUGCUUUACAUAGAUAGUGAAGAAGAGCAGGACUUUCUGAAAUUGUUAUCACUAGUCUCAUGGACUGGAGUCUUUAGAGAGAGCAGAAAUCAACUAUGGAUUUGGGAAAAAAACUCAACUUUCAAACCAAAGAUAACAGAGUUUUCCCAUGUUGAACAUAACUGUGUCGUGCUGUCAGCUUCUGGCCUCUUGGCAGAUAACUGCACAUCUUUGUAUACAUAUCUUUGUAAGCAUAAGCUCACCAAGUUAGGAUCAGCACAGCACUGCUCACCGGGCUGUAGACGAGUCAUGACUCAUCUGCUCAGAACUGAAGGUGACUCAGGACCCAGGGAAGCAGCAAAAGAAACUCAGGUGCAUCUGCAGUUCCAUUUCAGUAACCCAGCAGGAAAUCAGCUGAUGGAGUUCAGCCUUCAAAACACCUCCCACAAUCGUCUGGAGAUCAGCAGGCACUGGCACUGCAGAAAUAUUUUAUCACCUCCAGAGAAGCUCGUGUCUGGGAUCCUGGGCAUCAUCUGGUUUGCCUUAUUGGUCGCCUUGGUGAUAACUACCAGAAUUGUCUCUCCAUAUAGUGAACCAAAGGGGCAGAUCCAAAACGUCUUGUUUACAAGUCAUAAAGCACACCUUUGUGAUCAUUGUCCAAAGGAAUGGACAUCAUAUUCCCACAAUUGUUAUUACAUUGGUGUGGAGAAAAAGACUUGGAAUGACAGUUUGGUGUCCUGCAUUUCCAAAAACUCUAGUCUGCUCUAUAUAGACAGUGAAGAGGAGCAGGACUUUCUGAAAUUGUUAUCACUAGUCUCAUGGAUUGGAGUCUUUCGAGGGAACAGAAAUCAACUAUGGAUUUGGAAAAAAAACUCAACUUUCAAACCAAAGAUAACAGAGUUUUCCCAUGUGGAACAUAACUGUGUCGUGCUGUCAGCUUCCGGCCUCUUGGCAGAUAACUGCACAUCUUUGUAUACAUAUCUUUGUAAGCGUAAGCUCACCAAGUAAAACACCUGCACUUGGAAUCUGCCAGGCCUGAGUUGUUAUAGGAUUUGUCUCAACCAUCUUGUCAAGUAUCAUCUGAAUUUGAUCCAACUAUGAGACUCCCAAGAAUUUCUACUGUCUCCAUCUUGUUCUUGUGAAGAUUGAUUUUCUCUCCUUGAUCCUCUACAUGUGUGUGCAUUAAGAUGUUUCUCUAAAUUUUUAAGGUCAUCCGUCAGUGAUCUCCAUUCCAGGUUAUUGUUAGCUGUAGGGCAUGGAUGCUGCAAACUGAAUGCAGGUCCUUUGCAAGAACAAUGAAGUGUUCUUGAACCAUCUCUUCAGUCCCAGAUAUUUUCACAGAUAACCAAUGUUGCUAGGUUUAUUUUACAUCUGUAUGCAAUGCAUUUAGAUUACUUUGAGAGUUGAUUUGUUUAAUUGAACUCUAUGUCACUUCCUUUAUGUCAUGAUUAUAGUGCUUAGAAAAAAGACUUAUUGAGAAAAUAGUAUUUUAAAUGACGGAGAAAUAAAAAUUAAAAUGAUAAAAAUUAUUUGCCUGAGUCAAUCACCUUUUUAUUUGAAAUAUGGGCAUGUGUUUUAAUAAUCUAAUAAUGAGGGAUUUUAGUUUAUUUAUAAUAGGGAGAAUGGAUUAUGCACAAAAUAAUUUAAUGUUUCAUAUGGUUUUAAAUGAAAAUAUGUCUUAUAAUGUCUUUUUUAUUUCAACAUCCCAAUAGGAACUAUAUAUUCAAAAUUAAUUUCAUAAAAUAUAUAAAUUAUGUUCAAAUCUAAUUGUUAAAUUGUAUAAUAAAAUCACAAGAUUGUAGCGACAUUUAAAAUGUAAAGUUUUAUUUCUCACUCAACCUUGUUGAAGGUGAAUCAAGAUUGAGCUUGAAUGCAUUUGGCUGGAGCCUACAAAUUUAGCUGAAAUCAUAUGUACAUCUAUCUUCAGAAUCUGAUGCAAAAUCUUUACAAAGACUAAUAUCUCUCAGAGAUAAAAAUAAAAUUGUUUUAUUUUUGCUA